GGCAGCAGCGAAUGCCCGCCGGUGUCCUCUUUGUUUAGCCUGAGAGAGUUAAUUAUUCCCGAUAAUUCUGCCGAUGCCUUUCCUCGGCGCUGUCCCAGCAGCAGCCCCGUCCCGGUGGAGCGCACAAGAAGCCACCACGGAGCAAGCGCUGCCCGGAGAAACCUCAAGGGGCAGACCCGGCCAGGUGGGCUGCGGGCUGGGGAGCGAGCGCUCAGGCACCGAGGGCAGACCCGGGGGGCCGAAUGCAGCAAAGCCAGCCCCGGUUCCUCGCCUCCCGCCGCCGCCAGCAGCUCAGGGGUUCUCCGUCUCCUUGCCUCCCCUGUGGCAGAGCUUAGCGCGGGUCUGGCUGCACCUCGGUCUGCUGCACCCUGCGCGGUAGCACUCCUUAGCUGGGACCUAACGGCAGCGGGUGUCCUUAUGACAGGAGGGAGUGACGUGUCCUUUUUCUCCCUUUGUCUCGCAGAGAAACCGGUCAGCCUGACUUACCGAUGCCCCUGUCGAUUCUACGAGAGCAACGUGGCAAGAGCCAACAUUAAGCACCUCAAAAUCCUCUCCACACCCAACUGCUCACUUCAGAUUGUUGCAAGGCUCAAGAGCAACAGCAAGCAAGUGUGCAUUGAUCCCAAGUUAAAGUGGAUCCAGGAAUAUCUGGAGAAAGCUUUAAACAAACCACGUCAUCGCACUCAUAAAAAAAAGCAACAGAAGAAACGGGGCCCACUCUGCCCUUCCCGUGCAACACCACUAAAGUCUCCAGGGAGAAAGAAUGGAGGUUCAAGAUGUAAGAGGCAAGCAUUGUAA